AUGCAAGACACCAGUGAAAUUGUGAGAAGUGAAGACGCAAUAUGUUACGAAUUGUACAUUUCCGACUCGCUUUGGAUGGUCUUCAUGACGUUUCUCUCUAUCGGAUAUGGAGAUGUAUCUCCGAAAACUGGACGAGGUCGAGCCAUUAUUGCUAUUACAGCGUGUAUUGCUGUGGUGCUAGACGCUAUGUUUUUCUCUGUUGUCAUUAAGAAGUUUAGUUUCUCCACUAUGGAAGCGCGGGUGCAUGCUUUCCUCUACCGAUCGGAGCUCCACAAGAAGAAAGACAUCAGCGCAGUUAUGGCGCUGCAGGCUACUUUUCGCUACAUCAAAUCGUACAAACACUCUCUAAUGUGGCAUCAAGAGCGCAGUUCCAAAGCCUUCUAUCGACCACUGUCUGAUCGCUUGCCGAACGAAGUCAAAAAGAAGCUUUACCUCUCUCGUUUUCAAUCGAGUCUUAAGCAAAUUAUGAAGUACAAUAUGGACGGCGACCCGCUCAAUGGAUUCUCCAAGCAUGUAGAAGUCAUCACAGCAGGACUUGGAGCUACAUUCGCUGACAUGCUACGGUUGAAGAAAAUGUACUAUCGCCGAGCUCGUGUGCUCGAGCAACGAAAAAAACUAGCAAGCCGACGAGCAUUAAGCAUGUGCAUGCCUUCAAGUGGACGUCCAACGACGGCACUUACCGGUGCAGCCAAGCGUUUUCUUGCACAUCCGGACACACCAAAAAUUGACUCAACCAGCGAGCCUAUUAACUCGGUGAUCAGGUCAACGAAUGCUGUUACAGUAGACUCAAUCACAGGAUUGGAAAGUUUAAGCACAGCCUGGAGGGACGAGAUGCAACGGAAAUGCGAGGCCACAAUGCUUCUUUUGAAGAAGAUUGAGAGAAACAUGAAAGAUAUUCAGCGCUCGUAA